CCGCCCCAACACGCGGCCGCCCUCGUUGCCUCCGCCCGCGCGCCCACCAAAACCCCCGCCGCCGCGCGCUCUUUACACCCCACGCCCACGCCGCCGCCUCCCUCGCGGCGCCCCCAUUCCCCUUCCCUCCCGCCGCCGCCGCCGCCGCCAUGGCCUUCCACUCCCCAAUGUCGCCCUCCUCCUCCUCCGCCCUCUCCGCCCACCACCCCUCCCCCUCCUCCCACCUCGGCCAGCUCCGCCUCAACCCCUCCCGCCUCCCCCUCCUCCGCUCCCUCCCGCCCCGCCUCCGCCUCCGCAUUCCCCGCCCGCAACUCCCUCCCCUCCCCCUCGCCCUCCCCUCCUCCAACGACGGCAACAACAACAACAACGGCAACAACAACAACGACGGCGGCGGGGAUGGCGAAGCAGAGGACGACGGCGCCGCAAACCGCGGGGAGGCCCUGUUCGUGCUCGCGCAGGUCGGCCGCAAGCUCGAGACCCUGCCCUCCGACCUCGCCGCGGCCGUCGAGGGCGGCCGCGUCACGGCCGAGAUCGUGCGCCGCUUCGCCGACAUGGACGCCUCGCCGAUCCUCCGCUGGCUCCUCCAGUUCCGGGGCUUCAGGGAGCGCCUCCUCGCCGACGACCUCUUCCUCGCAAAGCUCGCCAUGGAGUGCGGCGUCGGCGUCAUCGCCAAGACUGCGGCGGAGCUUCAGAAGAGAGGGGACAACUUUGUCAAUGAACUCGACAUCGUCAUCUCUGAUGUGGUUAUGGCAAUCGUCGCAGAUUUCAUGCUCGUCUAUCUUCCUGCACCAACUGUCUCUCUGCAACCACCACUUUUGAAAAAUGCUGGACUUAUUGCCAGUUUUUUCCACAACUGCCCAGACAAUGCUUUCCAGAUUGCUUUGGCUGGAAGAUCAUUCUCACUUCUGCAGAGACUAGGAGCUAUUGUGAGAAAUGGUGCGAAGCUUUUCGUAGUCGGAACUAGUGCUUCUCUGAUUGGUACUGGUGUCACCAGUGCGCUGAUCAAAGCAAGGAAGGCUGUUGACAAAGAACUUGAUGACGAAGUUGAGGAUAUUCCAGUUUUAUCAACUAGUGCUGCCUAUGGUGUAUACAUGGCGGUUUCUAGUAACCUCAGGUACCAGAUUUUGUCUGGUGUGAUCGAGCAGAGGAUGCUGGAGCCUGUACUACAUAAUCACAAGCUGUUGUUGAGUGCAUUGUGCUUUGCCGUUCGGACAGGAAACACAUUCUUGGGCUCCUUACUAUGGGUGGACUAUGCCAGGAUGGUUGGCGUUCAGAAGGUCCAAGAAGAGAUCUAAAGUUGCUGCAACUUAUCACUGAGUUACAUCGGAAGUCACUACGAUGCCUUGGCUGCUCCUGCGAGUGCUAUUCCUCUAGUCACAGGAAACUCUCUCAUACAGAUUUCGGUUUUUUUGCUGGAACCUAGAAAAGGAUAGAAUACCUGUCGAAUUAUCAUGAACAUCACUAUAUUUUUCUCGUAUCUUGCAACUUGCAAGACCUAUAUAGAAUGAAAGUUUAUCCUUUCCAGCAUUGA